UAUAUUGGACUUGUAUAUCUCCCAUUACUGAGUCGCAGCAGGAAAAGGAACACCGCUAACCCAGUGGCCAACUGGCGAGGCGACGUCGGCGAUUACACUCGCUGAGGCACCAUUCAGUACCGGUACGCCGCGCGCGCCUGCCAGCAGAUAACCUACACUCAUUAUAAAAAGCAACUCGUUAUAAACAAGUCACCUCAUGAAUACUAUAUCGCAGCUAUGAACAAUGAGGACCCACCCGUCGCUCCAGGGUGCAUCGACACUCUACUGCUUUACAAAACGGAAAGCAAAGGACGCGCCGUGCAUCACAAUUAGUGAAGAGAGUUUCGGUGGCAUAUGAAUACAAAGUUCUCCUCGAUAUUUCAACCGAAGAAAUUACAGACGGCGAAGGACUGGAGGACGAACGUGACGUAACUCAUUCGAUGGCGGUGAAAAGUUUGUCGCGGAUUAUUCCGAACGGGGACACUUGUUUCAUGUCAUAGUGCUUGUUAUGCACGAUCGUGGCCGGAGUCAGCGAAAUUUUGGCAAGUGAACAACAGGCUACACCUGACCUGCAAUCUGUCGAUACAUCUUGCGAUGAUAACUGGCAAAGUACAUUGUUAAGUGUCACUGUGUGAGACAGUUCGUAAGGACGACUAUACAAAUAUUGUGAAGUGAAUGAAUUUUCGAUCAGCCGUGAUAUAGAGGUUGGCUAUGGACGCGACAGUACCGCGCGUAUUACUCAGCAUAGCACUAGCGGCCCUCCUGCCAAUGGCCUCUCCAAACAGUCAGGAGCGGUUAUCAAAGGAGAACAUUCCCCAUUCAAGACAGAAAAGAAUACUUUGGAUCACAAAUGAUGGGCGACUGGCGUUGCCCCCAGGAACUACAAUGACCAUCACACCUUCAUUGUCGAUGCCAUUCGUCAGACAUCCACCAAAAGGAUUUUUGUCAAAUAUGACAGUUAGUUUUCCUUUUACUAUUGACUUCGACAAGCUGGGUCUAACUGAUAAUGAAAAUCCAUAUGGGGAUUUUCCUCCAAUUUUCGCGAGGUCAAUGGGCCGAGCUGCUGUCUCCAUGAUGUCUGAUUACGUGGGCCAGUACUUAGAGAGACGAAGAGGGAAGAGGUCCGAAGAUGUUCCCCCUGACAUGGAAAAAGUGGUGUUGGAUAGAUUGCAUGGUGGAGAAAGAGCUCUUUUAUACGGAGCGGCAGAAGACCUUUUAGCAAAUUUUGGACUGUCCGGUAAAGAAUGCUUAUUACGUGCGAUAUGCGAGGUACAGGCGCAUCCACUUACCAACUUUGGUUUCCUUGGAGAAAUUAUUAAAUUGUUCUUUACUCCAAGUAAAUCCCCCUACGCGAAUCUCCUGAAUGAGUACGUGGAAGCCGAGAAGGCAGGGAGUGAAGCGGGAGGUGAAUGCUGGCCUUAUUUCCGACUUUGUCCUAAGAGCAUAUUCCAGGCAUCCCCAAAUAAGUAUUCGAAAGAUGCAGAAGACAUGCACAGAAGACAGGAAGAAACAGAAAUCGAUGAAAACAAUAUAGAUCAAUUGAAAGCUAUGUAGAAAAUUUAUGAUUCCUCCAUAGGUGUCCUGUGAGAAGUAUCCCAAAUGUAGUGGUAGUUUCCGACCAAAGUUGAAUGUAAAUUAUGUUUGUUAUUUAUUGUUUACAUCUAGUGCCAUUUUAUCUCUUUAGUAGGUAAAAAAUGAACUUAACU